AUGUUUUGCUCGCAUGACAUCUACAAUCGGACCCUCAGGAGGAUAUCUUCGCCCUCCAGCCCUGGAUAUACCGCUGACACGAGUUCACUGGAGGACUCUUCAGGCUCUGUGUCAUUUAGCCCCAUCAGAUCCCAGGUGCAGGCCCGAACAUCAGAGGAAGCCGAAAGAGCGAAAGACUCUUCAGAAGAGAAGAAGGAUCCGGAGAAUAAGCUUAGCAGAAUAUUCUCUCCAUCCAGUGGCUACUCCAGCCAAGAAGGCACAUCCACACAGGUUUCCAAAGAGUCCCACAGCCCAUCUCCGAGGCACAAGAGAGGCAUCUUCGCAAAGUUUCAACGGUUUUUUCCUGGGUCUGGUUCAACGCCACCUCCUCUCCGUGAGGAACUCAAACCUGUCACCACAGUUGAAACUGUCGGCCCUUCUGUAAGGGCCUUGAGGGAACUCUUCAACAUCCCUCCGCCACCUAAAAUCCACGCACCUCCACCGCCUCCUCCAGAGGUGUGGUUUCACAGCAAGUGUUCAUUUGAGCUGCUGCUGGGACCCCCGGCGCCUGAUAACCUUUACGCCAUCAUAAAGAGAAAUCCAAAGGACAGGAGACCACAGAGGCAGUCUCCUUCUGCAUCUGCAAAUAAUCUGAAUGUAACAGUGGAGUCCAUUAGCGGAGCCCUCCGUGUUCUGGAAACAAAGAAAGGUCAAGAAAGUGGGAUUUUGAGUUCAGAGGUUCACAAAGAGGACCUCGACAGACUGGCUGAGCAGAACGUUGAUUUGAAAGGAAAUGGGAAAGUGACAGAAAAAGAGGAGAAAGUGAGAGCAAGUGACAUAAUAAGCAGCAUGUUAGUGAAGGCCGUAGAGAAGCGUGAAGGAAGGCUAUGUGAGAGAAGAAGAGGUCAAACCAGCAUCCACACAAGACCCAGAUGUAAAGACUCACAUGGAUACGUUAACCACCAUUUAAUUAACACGCAUUACUCCAUCUCCUCCUCCGGCGCACCACCCUCCCCAACCAUAUCAGUCGUUGUGUCCCCCGAAGCCUCCUGGCCCCCACCGCCUCCACCAAUGGCAAAAGUGGGCCUCAAUGGGCCUGAUGAUGUUGACUUCCCUCUUUCGCCUCCCCCCAUGUUCGUGGUGAUCACAGACCAGGGACCUCCACCCCUGAAUAUCCCACCUCCCCCACCAUACACGGCUCCCCCUCCACCAGUUAAUGUAGUGUCCCCUCCUACAAUAAAAAAGGUCUCUUCUCCACCUCCUCCUAAAAUAACUUCUCCUCCGCCCAAAUCUAAGGAAAUUCCUCCUCCGCCACCACCCAAAGAAACUUCCCCUCCAACACCACCUAAGCAUGUUUCUCCUCCGCCACCACCUAAAGAGGUUUCUUCUCCACCACCACCUAAAGAAGUCUCUCCACCACCACCUAAGAAGGUUUCUCCUCCACCAUCACCUAAAAAGACAUCCCCUCCAACACCGCCUAAAGAAAUGUCUCCUCAAACAUCACCUAAGGGUAUUUCUCCUCCAUCACCACCUAAAGAAACUUCCCCUCCGUCACCACCUAAGGAGGUCUCUUCUACACCACUCGAGGCCCGCCCUGCUCACGUCAAUGAGGUCUCCAGCACACUGGUGACGGUGGUAUCUCCUCCACCAGUUAUCGAGGUCUCCGCUCCACCAGGUCCUGAAGACAUAUCCUGUCUGUCCACUGAAGAAGUGUCUCCUCCAUCUGCUCAAGAGAAGGCCUGUCAAUCUUCUGAGGAGGUCACACCUGUUAAGAGCUUUACUCCACCACUAACUAUUCCUCCUCCACCUUCCCUACAAUCACAGCCAAAUCCACCAGCGAAAGAACUUGAUCUGCCCGGAGAGAGCUCCGUGGUUGAAUCUGAAACUAUCUCAGUUUCAUCUCACAGCACUCUCACUCCCCCUCAGAGUAUUCCCCCUCCACCUCCUAUACAGCUUCUCCUCCACCCUCAGGUUGUACCCCUGAACACCCAUGGUCCAGCGAUCCAGGAGCCCUCCCCUUCCCCAGAAGUCUCUAUCCCACCAGAAAAGGCUGAAGAACCUGCUCCUUCUCCACCUGUAAACAUUCCUUUAGCUCCACCUUUACAGGGCCUUGCCAGCAUUAAGGAGCAGCCUAGUCCUGUAAGCACAGACAACCAAACCCUGGAGCCGACCUCUGCCCCCGCUGCACAGGAGGGACCCUCGCUCAGUGUCAGCCCCUCCCUUCUGGAGAUGGUCAAGCUGCGGUCAGUCAGCAGCAGUCCUGAGCCUCCUAAAGCUCAGGAGCCAGCAGCGGUGGAGGUUACCAUGAGGAAGCAGCAGCCUAGCAACCCUGCCCCCCCUCAUCUGCCAGUGACCCCCUGCAGCACAGCGAGCUUUAUCUUCUCCAAGAGCAACAAGAGGGUGGUGAUCGAGACCAAGCCGGCACCGGAGGACAUGGCCACUGUACAGAAGGUGGCAGGCGAAGCGAAGUGGGUCAAGAAGGAAGUUAAGGUGCCACCACCCGUUGCAAGGAAACCAAAAACGAAGGGGAAAGAGAUCGAGGACAGUGAAGGGACGGAGCAAACUGCAGGACAGGAAGCACUACAAGACGGUGUCAAGGAUGCUACGUAGAAAAUGAAUGGGACAGCAGGUACUGUUGAAGGAGGAGAGACGCCAUCCACAUGAUUGUAAAGACUGAAGGAGACCUGGGAAGGACUUACCAAUAACACUGAAUCUGCUGCAAGGUCUUUGUGUGAGAAGCAAGCAAGACAAUGGAUUUAGAUGGAUGAGAUGCUUAUCUCAAGGAUUGCAUUUGUAAAAGUUCUGGAUUUUAAAGGAAAUUUUCCGACUUUAACGUUAAUGGUGUGGGUCUUCAUUUUGCUCAAGUUUGCAUUUUACCAGGAAUGAAUACAGCAUAUUUUCUUUUGCCAGAGGUGCUUCUGAGCUUUCCGUUAGACGAGAUGGGAAUAUACCGCCCUCUAGUGUCACACUUCGACGUAUGUCCUGCUGAACCAGCUUGAGAUGUAACAAUGGGACUUUUGGGCGCUCAUCUGUAAAUAUAGCAUGAUUUUGUACAUUCAACAUAUCCAGCAUUGAUGGAUCUGUUCUACAGAGUUCUGUUCUAUAUUUUCUCCAAAACGGUUUCCACAGCAAUUACAUUAGUUAAAAAGUAUUAAUUAUCUUAAGUUAUUUGUUUCCUGUUUUCAUAUUCAGAGGAGAGUCUCCACAGACAGGUGUUAAACCUGUGUAUCAUCAUUUAAAAUCAAGUUUGUUUGUAUCGCUUAAUCAUGUCCAAAUAUGUGUUCUCUAAAAUCCCACAUGUCCUUUUUUAUGAUUAAAAGCUCUUUGUGGGUGCAAUGAGAUGUCACAGAACCAAUGAGCAGACCUGCAAAGCAAUAUCUUUUCUGCUGCUUUUAGUUACUGAUAAUGGAGGCUUUGCCCUUUCUCAGUUGAUGCUCAACAGUGGGAUAUGUCUGUAUUGAACUAUAAUAUAUUUCAAACUGGUUUCAGACACUGUAUUGUAAGAAAUCAUUUAUAAUGGAAAGAAUAAAGAUUUAUGGACGGAUCAAAUCGUCAAAUGGA